AUGCACACCUACGGAUCUGACGACGAGAUGGACGAACGUCCAGGGGGUACGGUCAUCGUAGGCCGUCUGUGGGAUGCAGUCGGACCCUUCCCUAGUGGUAUGCGGGAGCACCCAUUUCUAGCAACACCCCUACACGCAUUCCCCUCUCAAACGUUCCCAAACGACCCGGAUGUCGACUUUGCUCGGCGGCCUUAUGACGGGAAGGAGACGUGGAUGAGCGAGCUAGGAGAGGGUGGCCGAGUGGGCUGGAAGAGGUUCAAGGCGAAUGAUGAUGGAUGGCUGGAAGUAUCUUACUCUGAUAUACGCUGGGACCAGCUCCGCGCCGACCAUGGCUGGGCAUCACUCCAAUACCAAGUCCUUCUCCGUACGACUAUCGAGAUCCCCCUCGAAGCGGAGAACCCAGUAACGCCCAUCCUGAUCGACGUGAUCCAAGGCACCGAGUACGCCUUCAUCCCCAUCCACAGCCCGCCGGAGGUCCCCACGCGAUGGUAUAAUGGAGACGUCUACAACUUUGCGUCCACCCCAUCCGGGAAACAGGCGUCAGGGAACACAUCCACUUUGGCGAGAACGGUCUCCCUCCGUCCCGGGAUGUACACUCUCCUCGUCCGCGCGAACUACGAGGUGCGGCUUUUUGGCGAUCCAAAAUCCGCCGACAAGCCUAAUCGGGGACCCGUCAUCCGCAUGAAAGUGCAGGCGGAGGUAGCAGGACGAUCCGCGGUGUCGCUGUCGGGAAACGCAGUGGUACCGGACGCAAUGGAUGGAUGGCUUAUGGGAGACUGGCUAUCCUUGCCGAUCCGGGCGGGGCCCGCGGACGUCAGAGUCAUCUCGUGCUCACUGCACCCCAUAGGCGGCCUAGCCCUGGAUCUCGUUGGGAAUCCCUGUCUCAGCGCUGGGCAGACACGCUCCAUCGCUAUGCGGGUCCGACAGACGGCUCCAAUCAAAUUUGAAACCAUUAAUUGUCUCGUCAGACUACAGGUUGAAGAGGACGGCAAGCGACACAGCCUCUCCUGGAUUAUCCCCAUAUUCCAUCGCAAUUCCCAGCUACCCGGUGGCCGGUGCAGGAUCACCUUCGCCUCGCCUUCGAGCUCCUUAUCUGGUUCCCCAGCCUCGGUCUCGUACGCUACCAUCAUCAUACAUCGCCCAAUUUCCGACGCGGAGAGCAACCUCUCUCUUCCUCCGGUUAUUCUCGCGCUGCACGGUGCUGGCGUUGACGCGGGCAAUGCGGAGUGGAUGAGCGUGAUUCCGGAACGAGAUGGGGGAUGGGCGGUCUUGCCGACUGGCAGGAAUGAAUGGGGAGAAGACUGGCAUGGUGGGAGUAUGGCAGAUGCAUGGGCGGCGAGGGACGUCCUGCCAGUACUGGCGGCCAAGCUGGGAUAUCUGGUAUCCGAAAAGACGCUCCUGAUCGGCCAUUCGAAUGGCGGACAAGGAGCCUGGCAUUCAGCGGCAAGGUAUCCAGACCGUAUCGUCGGACUCAUCGCAGCAGCUGGCUGGCUGACCAUACACGAUUACGUCCCAUAUACCGAGCAGAUAUCAAAUCACUUCGCCGACCCUUCGCUUAUGGGUAUUCUCCGCUCCUCCCUCACACCGUACGAUAACGACCUCCACGCCUCGAAUCUGGUCGGCAUCCCAAUCUUGGCAAUCCACGGUGCCGAUGACGACAAUGUCGCGCCUCGUCAUUCCCGUGCCCACUUGGCUGCUGUAGCUGCCUGGGCGGGCAGCGAGGAGAACCUCACUUACCUCGAGGUACCGAAGCGCGGGCACUACUGGGGCGACAUCUUCAAGCAGCCAAAGGUGAUUGCGUGGAUGGAUCAGAUGUCACACAAGCGGUCACCAGAAUUCAAGACUCUGAGUUGUGCAAAUCCGCUCGAAUGUGGUGGACGGGAUGGGACGCGCAUUCUGGAGCUCGAGACGCCUGGAAGAUUGGCGAGAAUGAGUCGCCGUGGCCUCUCUCCUCCAUACGUCGAAGGAAUGUCGAAUGUGCGCAAAUUUGCCUACAAAAGCGGGGGCAACAACUACUCUGCCACGCUUCGGGAAGACCACUGGGAUGUCGAACAGGUAGAUGUCCCGGAGCUGCCCUCGAGAGCGUAUGGGCCUAUGAUCCGUCUCCUAGCCACAGACGCAGUCAUCACUCUCGUCCACGGCGCAACUCCUCACCUGAAGCAUCUCGCGCUUCGCCUGGCGCAUGACCUCCUUGUCUAUCACCGGAUAGACUGCGAGGUUAUUGACGACAAGGAAGGGAGGGACCGAUUAGCGGAAGGGCGUAUAGCGGGCAGCCUGAUCUGUCUAGGCAGACCCGAGGACAAUGAAGUCGUUGACUGGAUGGUUGGACAAGCUCGGAUACCAGUAUCGUUUCCCCUGGCCGAUGCUCUUGCUGUGGAUGGCAAAAUGAUCAGAGGGGACGGUACAGGCGUCAUCGCUCUGCAUCCGCAUCCUUGUCGAACUUUGGGCUUGGCCGCUAUUAUCGCUGGUAACGACGACCUAGGCACUGAGCUUGCUGCCAGGCUCUUCCCCAUCCGGACAGGUGUGAUGGUACCGGACUGGGCCGUCGUGUCCCCUGAGAUGCAGUGGAAAGGUGCUGGGGGUCUACACGGUGCCGGAUUCUUCGGCCAUGACUGGCAGUAUAACAGUACCAUGUCGUGGUUGCACAGCUCGUUCCCGACCGCCGCAGGGGGCACCAGUGCCUACAAGAAACGAUGGGCAGCCAAGCGGAAACUUGGAGAAUGA